AUGGGAAGAAGCCGGGAGGAGGGAGUUAGAUUUAAGACAUUAGUAUUUGGGCACUGGGAACUGGACCACUCUUUUCCCCCCUCCUUUAAGUCAAAGAAUCCCACGCAGGGUUCAGAACCAAGAGGGCAGAGAUAUGAAGCAUGCGCAGUGGGACCGGGAAGACCGCCCUCCGCCUCUCGCUCCCAACCAUUGGUGUUUGAGGUGGAAGCUAGCGCGCCUCUCCGUCCUCCUUCGAGCACGCAUGCGCCCAUACCACAUCUUCGGCGCCCAGCUCCGCUCCUCGGCAGCGCGCGGGCGGGCGGUUUGAAAGCCAUGGCGGAAUCGGAUCCCUUGGAGGCUACCUUCCAAAGGUCCUUACAUAUUCAGAAGCUAAAAGCCCGGGAUGUCACGGAGGACGACGUUGUGCGGUGUAUGCAGAAGCAGGCGAAGAUCAUUAAUGGCCCCGGAAUCGGCAGUGACUUGGAUGCACAGCGGCGGGAGAUGCCGUGCGUGUUCCUGUGCUCUCGCUGCCAGCGGCCCCUGGGGGACUCUUUGAGCUGGGAGGGAACCGACUUUGAGGGCAACUUCUUCUUUUUGAACGCAGUCUCAGCUAAUGUUUAUGUGGAUAAGGAACAGAAGCUAUCCACUAGAAAAAAUGAAUAUGGCUGCAUGAUUGAAACUUUGAGUUGUAAUGGAUGUUCAUUGAAUAUUGGCCAAAUAUACAGAUGUACACCCAGACAUCUUGAUUAUAAGCGAGACUUGUUUUGCUUCGAUGUUUCAUCAGUUGAUGGUUACGUUCUAGGUUCUGCUGAAAAUGAAGCUGUGCCUGAAAAUGAAGGGCCUGUAACUCUUGAUAAGCAAGAUGUAAUGGAAAGCAUUUUAAAGAAGCUGCAAGUUAUCAUGCAUGGAUUGGAGCUAAGGGUGUCCUUGGUUGAAUCAGUUGUUUCAGGUCUUUGUGAUACAACAUGAAAGAAACUUCACUUUUAUUUCCUUCUAGUAUUUUGUUUCCCCUUUUGUAUGUAUUGCAAUUUGUUACAACAAGAAUUAUAAGUACUUGAGGUAAUUUUAUUCCCAAAUUAUACUUAAGUGAAAAGAACUUUAAUCAGUUUUAUAACUAUUGACGUUAUUUUACAACUGUUAAUUAUGGAAUAGAAGUUUCUCUUUUCUGAAUUUCAGUGCUAAAAUUAUGUUUAUAAAAUGUCACUUCCAGAAAACUCUAAAGUGUGGAAUUUAAGAAUUUAUUAUGGAUUCCUUGACCCUCUUUUAUCCUUUGUCUCAUUUUUAUAUUCCUUGAAUUCUUCCUUACACUUUUUGUUGUCUUAACUGAUGCCUGUUAGCUUGGUUGGUGAAGGGAAAUAUGUUAUAAAAAAAAAUCAGGUCUGGCUAUUAUCUCAAACAAACAAAUUCCUUAUGAUAGCUUUUGAGUACUUUGGUCAAAAUUUAAGAUUAGUUGGCACUAGGUUUUUUUUUUCUCCUGACAUAUUAAAAUAGUCUCUGAAAUGAACAUUCUGAAAAUUUUAAAUCAUUGGUCUCAAUUAGAAGCAUUGAUUGAAUUAUGUAUCAUUGCUAUUUAAAAACAGAAAAUUAUGCUUUCAGAUUUCAGUGUAGUACGAUGAGCAGGAAUUCUAGUCAAAAAAUAUUUGCUGAUCAUUUAUAGGUUGCCAGUCCAGAUAAAUUACUGCCAAAUUAAAGAACUUGAGGUGUAAGUACAGUUGUCUGAUUAAUGAAAAAUUCUUCUUUGCAUGAAGAAAAUCCAAAAAGGGGGAACCCUACCUCCUCUGUUUAUUCUUCAUUGUUCUCACCAGCUAGGAGAAUGACUUUUCAUAGAAUUAUAGAAUUUCAAAAUUGAAUUGGAUCCUGGAAUCAUUGCAAUCCAACUUGUGCAUAAGGACAUCUCAUUUAGUCAUUUAGACUGUGUUUGACUAUCUUCAUCAAUAGCGAACUCAGUACCUUUUGAGUCUGUCCUUGGAUUUUUGUAGAACUUUAAUUAUUAGGAAGUUUUCCUUUUAUAUUCAGUUGAGUAUAGUAGAAAUAGAAACCAUGCUGGAUUAGAGUCAGAGGAAAUGGUUUAAAAUCCUUCUGGUUUGCCACUCUUAGUCUUUGUGUGAUCUUGGAAGAAAUAAAAUUUCUCACAUAUACCCCCUUUUCUUCUCUGAUGGUGCCACUCCCCUGGUCUAUGCUCUUUUUGCUUCAUACUGGGACCUUGGCAAAAGCCUUGCUCAUUGGCUUGCCUUCCACAACUCUCUGCUUCAGUAGAUCCUCUGUUCAGCCACCAAAGAAUUUUCCUGAAGUGAAGGUCUGACCAUGAGACACUCUUCUACUCAAUAAACUCUAGUGGCUCCUUA